AUGAACGGCAAUGAGUUCGGUUCGCAUCAACCCCAGCAUGGCAUGGAUAUGGGGAAUAACUUCCAUGCCGUGAUGCCUCCUUCGGUUGUAGAACCGGAGGAGAAGAAGAGGAAGGGCAAUUCGUCGAGCGCGACAAAUGAUAAAGAGCUCCGUGAAAUGCUGUCAAGGAACAAUGAGCGAUCCUUGAAAGAUGUUGCUACAGAAGUCAUCAACACGGAAAGAACUCCACGAGCAGAAAAGUCGAAGCAACUCUUUGCAAUGCUAUGGUUGAAAAGCGCGUGCGCUGUUGCGAAACGAUCAACACCCCGAAGCAGAGUGUAUACCGCAUAUGCCGAAAGUUGCGCGACGGAACGAGUAAUCCCUCUCAACCCAGCGUCGUUCGGCAAGCUCGUUCGUGUCAUCUUCCCCGGAAUCCAAACACGAAGACUAGGAGUCCGAGGAGAGUCGAAAUAUCAUUACGUUGAUUUGGUCCUGAGAGACGAGAUCCCGCACUCUAUGGAACGUUCCGGCAGCAUCGCAAGCAAUGGACGAAUGCGAGGACCAUCGGUCAGUCACACGAUCGACUUCAACUCAAUGCCACGGCUGCAAGCCGAAACGGCCAGAUUCCCUAGUCAAGACCGACCGCUUCAAUCCCCUACCCAUCACGCCAUCGCGAAUCCUCCCUCACAAGGCCGACUGUUCACCGACCCUUUCUCUCCUGGUCUUGCUGGCAACCAUGGAUCAUUGUCGAGCAGUUAUGCCCACACCCUCCAAUUUCCCCUGGAAGAUUUCAGCCAGCUGGCGGAUGCUGAGAAUGAUACGAUCUCAUUACCAAAUAUCCAUAUGUACGCACCACCUAAAACAGACAUUGAUGCUGCAGAGGCACUGGUCGCUCUGUAUCGAACACACUGCACUUCCCUGGUGGAUUGCGUUCGCUUCUGCAAAGAAAAGCAAUUCUUCCGGCUAUUCAGCACAUUCCAAGGAACGCUCACAGUUCCCGUCCAACGACUAUUCACCAACCCGACGGUGGCACCGUGGAUACGAGAAUGCGACUGGUUGAUGUACCAGAAGAUGAUCCGCUUCGUCAGCGCCCUCACCCUUCAAGUCGCCCCUCCCAUCGUCAUCAAGUUCCUCGAGCGCGUGUCCCAGAACCUCCACGCCCAUAUCACCAAGACCUUCGCCGGCCACCCCGCCCACGUCCUCGAGGCCAAACUCGAACCCGCCACCGUCUUCGCCGGCCUCCUCCACCGCCUCCUCCGCGUUAACAGCACCGCCCACGCCGCCGCCGCCCUCCUCAACGAAGACCCCUUCCGCGACCAAAUGUGGAUCGACUGGGUCCAAUACGUCAACCCGAAACGCAUCAUGGAAAGCGAGCUCCCCGGCUGCGGCUACGACGCCGUCUACGAGAUCAUGACCCACGAUAUUCGAUCCAUGCUCAUGCCCACCAACGUCCCUCCCUUCCUCGAAGAAGGCACCUGCUACGAGGACGCCCUCCACGCCAGCCACUGGCCCUCCAUCCACCGCCUCCAGGAAGACACCCCCGUCGACCGCAUCGCCACCUUCCUCUCCAAGCUCCCCGCCCGCUUUCCCACUGCCCCCACCCGCACCCUACUCCAAUGCAUCUCCACCCUCCUCACUGCCGCCCUCCGCGAGAUCACCAUCCGCCAGGGCUCCAGCUACAACGCCUGGUGGAUCACCAAGGUCUUCGUCGACGAGAUGAGCCUUUGGCUCGCCUCUCUCGGCGGGUUCCUCGGUCACCGCAUUGAGGCGCCGGAGUCCCUCUCCGCUUCCCCACAGCUGCCCGCCGAAGGCAUCAUGCGCGCCACCAGCGCCGCAUCGGGGAGCGGCAGCGGACUAAGCAGUAUGACCGAUGGGAUGAGCGCCGAGAUCGGCUCCGAGAAAGCGUCAGCCGUCAAGCCCGAGCGGGGGUCCUUCGAAAGCGUCAACGGUAUGUCCCAACCACCCACACACAGCAAGAACCACCCCCUAACCCCCCUCCCCGCAGGCCACACCACCACCAGCGGCCCCCCCACCACCGACACUCACCUCCCACACCGCGCCUCCCCGCGUCGCCCCGCGCCCGGCCCUGACGCCUUCCUCCCCAACACCUCCGCAGCGCCGCCGCAGGAUGCGUUCCGGCCGCCGAAGAUUCAUGAUCUGGGGAAGGUUGGCGGGGCGGACAUGGACGAUAGUGGGAUUGGGAUGGAUUUGAUGGAUGAUUUGGGGGCGGAGGGGUAG